GCCUCGAGUGUCCAGCAAAAAUAGCUGCACAGGUCGCCCUGGGAGACCAUCGGCGGUUUGAAUGCACCCAGGUUGUGGCGCCAGCGAAGUCAUGAACCAGAGCGAAGAAAAGUGGGGGCAUCGACGGCAGGCUCCGCCAACGUCCAAGGAGGUGACCAAGUUCGACACGAUGAUGGCCGAGGUCGACGACGCCGCCCCAGACGACUCGAGUGACGCGAAAGCCCUGGACGCUCGUUUCACAAAGCAGCUGCACUUGGCCCGCGCCGCCAUCCGCGACAACUGCGGCGACAGCGACGACGGCAACGACGGCUCAGACGAUGAAGUAACCACAGCGCGGGUUGCCCACGCCAAGGAGGGGAGCUUUGACGUGUACCGGACGACGCUGCCCGAAAUCAGCGUCGACCUAAAUGCAUUGCGCAACUUUGUAACUCGAGCGCCUGCAAAAGGCAACAAGGCCGUCCAGUGCUACGUCGAGCGAGACAAGAGCGGGGUUCAUAUGAUGCGGCCUGUAUAUCGCCUCUUUCUCGAAGAUGGCAAACAGUUCUUGCUCGGCGCUCAGAAGCGGAUCAAGAACAAAACGUCCAACUACCUCCUGUCCAUGGACAGGUGCCCAACGGACCGACGCAGCGGGCUCAUUGUCGGCAAGCUGCGGGGCAACUGGUCGGGGGCGUCGUACACCAUGUACGACCAAGGGCUGAAUCCGUCCAAGACGUCGCUGGCAUCCAACGUCCGGUGCAUUCUCGGUGUUGUCGACUUUACGUACGACAAGAUGGGCCCUGGGCGGAUGGCCAUUCGCAUACCGUCUGUGAAUGCGGCGGGAGUGGCAACUCCGCUAAAAGACAAAGGCGGCGCCGACGACGCCAAGGGAUCGAAUGACGGUGGAGAUGACGACGACGACCUCCUCGUCGUGAAGUUGCGUAACAAGCGCCCCAAGUACGACGAGAAGGCGCGGGGGCACGUGCUGAAUUUCAACGGACGGGUUACCAUGUCGAGCGUCAAGAAUUUUCAGCUCCAGUGCGACGGCGAUGCCAACGCGGACGUCGUCAUGCAGUUUGGUCGCGUGUCCUGUCAGCCCCCGGGGCCCAACGAGCAGUGUUCGUGCCACAAGCAUAUGUUUAACUUAGACUACAAGCAUCCGCUGUCAGCGGUCCAAGCGUUUGCUGUGUGCUUGGCGACCAUGGACGGCAAGCUAGCCGACAACAAGACAUUCGACGCGCUCAGUGAGUUGGCCAAGCGAAAGUAGAACGUCGGGGUUCGUGGCGGCGGCUCGAAACGAGCUGGACAUGUACCUCAGUCACUCACGGCCAGGACUUGGUGGACAGACAUCAAAUAGACGUGACCUUUUGUCCGCCAAGUGUGCCACGUCAUUCCAUCGGGAGUUGCUGCUUUAGAUCGCUA